AGAGUUUGUCGCGAGUUGAUAAAAGUUGUUCGACGUGCAUACAUUGAUAAAAUGAUAAGGCUAUAAAGUAUAGAGAAUGUAAACUAUAUUAAGAUGAGUAUGGACAGUGGAGGUAAAUUUGAAAACACUGGUUCUGUAAGAGAUGUCAACAAGAAACUAGUCUUCUUGUUUAAAGCACCCAAAGAUGAAGGAGAAGACAAAUUUGUAAAGAUUCUGUCUGAUGCAGGGUUUAUUGUAGUUAGUCUACCGGUGCUGAGUUUUAAUUUUAUCAAUACAGACCUUCUAUCACAGUAUUUAGAAAACUUACAGAAAUAUUCUGCUUUAAUAUUAACUAGUACAAGAGGUGUCGAGGCUGUUUCUUUUGCCCUCAAUAACUGUUCCAAACUGUGUGAUAUUAGUCAUAUUAGUUGUUAUGUAGUUGGUAAAACUACAGGAGAAGCAGCAAGUAAGUUAGGUUUAAAAUGUAAGGGAGAAGACUCUGGUAAUGCUGAAGAACUGCUGAAAAUUAUAGUUGCAGAUCUAAAAGGAACUAGUCAACCUGUUUUAUAUCCCUGUGCCAAUAUUCGUAGAGAUACAAUUAGUACAACUCUUCAACAACAUGGUAUACAAUAUGAGGAGAUAAUUGUCUAUGAAACAGUAAAAAAUCAAAACAUAGAUCAACUUGUGGAAGAAGCUGUUCAAAAACAGGGUUGUCCAGAAUAUAUUGUGUAUUUUAGUCCUUCAGGUGUGAAAUAUACCCAGUCUGUCUUUCAAAAUAAACUAUUAUAUACCCAUCAGAGUAAGUUUAUAGCUAUUGGGCCUACUACAGAGAAAGAGUUAAAAUCCCAGGGGUUUACCAUAUUUGGUGUUGCUGAAAAACCUGAACCAGAAGCAUUAUUAGAAAUUUUACACGAAACUUUAUUUUAA